AUAGGGACUCGGGGAACCAAGGGAAAAACACCGAAUCGGGUGAUGGGAUGUCUUGUUUACAUUGGCGAUCAUUAUAAAACAUAUGGAAGUGAAAAGAAGUCGAAUCGUUCUUUGAUUAUAUAGACAAAUAUAGCACUCACAUAAUGCUGCACGGUAGGCAUAAAGAUCGCUCCGAAGUGAGCAAAACUGUAAAGUACAUGUUGUUCUUUUUCAACGUUUUAUUCUGGUUAUUAGGAGGUGCAUGUCUUAGCAUUGGGAUCUAUGCGCGCUUCGAGAAUGCUUCCUAUUCUGGCUUCUUUGGCAAUGCUUGGAGUGAUCCUGCGUUUUUCUUCAUUAUUGUCGGGGGGAUUAUGUUUGUCUUGGGCUUUACCGGUUGUAUUGGAGCGCUGAGAGAGAAUAUUUGCUUGCUUAAGUUUUUUUCAAUUUCACUUGGAGUGAUAUUCUUCCUUCAAAUUCUUCUUGGCAUACUUGUCUUUGUUUUUAAAGGAAAGUUUGAAGAAAUUGUGAAAGACAAACUUCGCGAUACAGUUGAGAAUUAUCGUGACAACCCAGAUUUGAAAAAUCUCAUUGACAAAGUACAAGCUGAUUUUAAAUGCUGUGGCGUUGAUAAUUAUAAUGACUGGAAUAGUAAUCUUUAUUUCAAUUGUUCUCAAAAAACUCAAGAAGCAUGUGGCGUUCCAGCUUCGUGCUGUCGUAUCGACAAAGAAAAUAAACAGUGUGGUUAUGGAGUGAGAGAAAAGGAAAAUGAAGACAGCAUUGACAAAAAAAUUUUUGAUCGUGGCUGUGUGGAAGGCUUUCUUGCUUGGGUUGAGAGAAACAUCAUCUUGAUUGGAGCUAUUGCACUGGGAAUUGCAUUAGUACAGAUCAUGGGCAUAUCUUGUUCUCAAAGUUUGAUCAGCGAUGUUAAGGCACAGAAGGCCAAAUGGGAAAGUUAGUGCUGCCCUCAAAAUCUGUGCCAGAAGCAAUGGAGCAUCUCAUGAUACAUUCUUAUUGUUCAAGGAGUGUUUUGUAUAUAAGAAUUACAACAUGCACAAUUAAUUUACGGUUGAUCUUUUAUAUUGUUAAAACAUGCAACAGUAAAACAAAUAAGUUGCAUUUUAUUAGAGAUAUAUGUGGUUAUAUUGGUAAAAUUUAUGAAGCAACUUUACAGUUGUGUCUGACUUGAAGCAUAUUAAUCAUGUUACAAUUAAAAUCUAUUUUUAAUGUUGUUA